UGUGAGUCUGUGACUUCCAUUCGAUUCGGGAAUCGGGAUCGAGAAACGAGACUUUCUGCUUUCAGACUUAUUUCAUUUUUGUAGUUGUUCGUUGAAUAGAUGCGAUUCUAAUACGUUUUUAUCGUCGCUUUAAUCUCAAAAAUAUCAUUAUUAUUUGAGUCUCUAAUCUAGCAGAGGACAAAUACGUAAUUAAAUUACACACUACGAGUUGUCUUUUUAACUCCAGUCCGUACAUUUUUAAAGCAAAAAAUGGAAAAUAUUAAAACUGGCGAUUCGGUUUUAUUGAUUUGGAAUGAUACCAAUGAAAGUGAAAUUGAAAAAAUCUUUAAUGAAAUUCAGAAAAUCACGAACGUCCCCGUGGUUCUCGAAAACUCAGCUAUGAUUACAGAAGGUUCAAGACCCCAUUCCUCAUUCAAUGUAAUUUUAUCGAAUUGGUUGUCGCCUUAUAGCAUUGAACAUAGCGAUAAAUUACUUUCUAUAUUAGUAAAAUUAUUGAAACCCAGUGGUAAAAUUCUUUUAAAAGAUAACAAAGAUUUAAGCUCUAAUCUCAAGUUGAAUGGGUUUAUAAAUGUAACCUCAUCAGAAAAUAUUUAUAUUGGAGAAAAGCCUAAUUUUGAGGUUGGAUCCAAGGCUUCGCUUAAAUUAAAUGGGAAACCAGCUGUGUGGAAAUUAGAUGACACAGUAGAGGAAGCAUGGUCUAAAGCGAAUGAUGAAGAAACUAUUGAUGCUGAAAACUUGCUGGAUGAGGAUGAUUUGAAGAAACCUGAUCAAGCAUCUUUAAAAGUAUGUGCGACAACUGGAAAACGCAAGGCAUGUGCCGAUUGUUCAUGUGGGCUAGCUGAGGAGUUGAGAGGAGAGACAAAGGAGACUCCAAAAUCAUCUUGUGGAAGUUGUUACCUCGGCGACGCUUUUCGAUGUGCAACAUGUCCAUACCUCGGCAUGCCAGCCUUUAAACCUGGCGAAAAGGUCAAACUGGAUCUCAAAUCCGAUAUAUGAACGUAUUCCGUGUGAUUAUUCUAUAGAUUAUUACUUUUAGUAUUUAAUUUUGCUUGUGAUGUUUUAUGCAAAUAUAAUGUUAUGUUUAGGA